AUGAGUGUCCUUCCGUACCCCCAAGAAGCAAAACUGACAUAUGGACGUCUCGGUCAGAUUGACCCUACCGCCAUGGUGUCCGAUGCCUGUGUCUCGUACGGCACGAUCAACAAACUCAAUGACGAUCUUUAUACCCUGUUGCAAUCGAUCACCUCCGAGACCGACUUCUUUUCAUACUACCGACUCAACCUAUUCAAUAGUGAAUGUCCCUUCUGGUCAGAUUCAAGUAGCAUGUGUGGUAACAUCGCCUGCUCCGUGAACACUAUUGAAUCCGAAGAAGAUAUCCCGCUGGUCUGGCGGGCCGACGAACUGAGCAAGUUGGAAGGUCCCAAGGCAAAUCACCCACCUCGACAAGUACAAGCUCAACGUCCAGAGAAACGACCUUUGCAGGGAGAGCUCGGAGAAAAUGUUGGCGAGAGCUGCGUGGUGGAAUACGACGAUGAGUGUGAUGAUCGGGACUACUGCGUCCCCGAGGAUGAGGGUUCCGCGGGCAAGGGUGACUAUGUCAGUCUGGUGGAUAACCCUGAGCGCUUCACUGGGUACUCUGGACCCGGUGCGCAUCAGGUGUGGGACGCGAUCUACCGUGAGAAUUGUUUUGUGAAGGCCGCGGCCGAGGGCCAAGUCUUGAGCUCUCCCCUGGGCGGACUGGGUGCUGUACAGGCAGCCUCGGAUUUCCGAAACGUACUGCAGAAAGAGGCGCAGCGUCCAGACGCCUCGCUGGACAACGAGUGUCUGGAGAAACGGGUGUUCCAUCGGCUCAUCAGUGGAAUGCAUGCUUCCAUCUCUACCCAUUUGUGCUGGGACUAUCUCAAUCAGACCACUGGCGAGUGGCACCCUAAUCUGCAGUGUUUCAAGGAGCGGCUCUAUGAGCAUCCCGAGCGAAUCUCCAACAUGUACUUCAACUACGCGUUGGUGUCACGAGCGGUCGCGAAACUACGCAAGCACCUGCAAAAUUACACUUUCUGCACAAGCGAACCGGAGCAGGACAUCGACACCAAGCAGCGGGUCAAUCAAUUGACUGAGAUUCUCUCACGACCCCCUCAGAUCUUUGACGAGCAGCUGAUGUUUCAAGACCCCAUGGCGCAAGGGCUCAAGGAGGACUUCCGCAACCGCUUCCGCAAUGUCAGCCGGCUGAUGGACUGUGUGGGUUGCGACAAGUGCCGCCUCUGGGGCAAAUUGCAAGUCAACGGAUAUGGCACGGCUCUCAAGGUGCUCUUUGAGUAUGACGAGACGAAGAAUGGCGAGAACCCACCCCUGCGACGGACCGAGCUCGUCGCUCUGGUCAAUACACUGGGUCGCAUCUCUCACAGCAUUGCCGCUGCUCGCAGUUUCCACGAGGCUCUGGCGGCCGGACACGAUCGCGCCUUCCCGUUGCGACACUCUGCUCCCUCCACCCACAAUCACGUUGAGGCCCGGAAGGAAAGCAAGGAAGCCAAAAAGUUGUUCCACGAUGGCACGGGCCAGUUCUAUUACGAGAAUGACGAUGGCGAUUUCAUUUACGGCCGUGAGAAAGUGGAUCGCUUGCCGUGGGAACGUCCUCCUCGUAAACCGGACGCGACCGACUUCGACGAUAUGAAGACCGAGUUCCAGAUGGUCUGGGAUGUGACGAUGUAUGUGUUGCGGAGCUGGAUGGACAUUCCUCGCACGUUGUAA